UUCUUCAUUGUUUUCAUAACGAAAAAGUCAAAACUGUAAAUACAAGGCGAAAAGAAAAUUUUAUUUUGAUGGUCAUUUUGGACGUCAGACGAAACCAUAUUAUUACAGCGAUACCAAAGGUAGUAUGAAGUGAACACCAGUAUGAAUAACAGGAAUAAGCGAGCACGACUGGAGUUGUCUUUGGCGCCGGCAACUAUUGAUGCUGGCAUCAGUAAUAGCUGCUCUGUGAAUGCAACCGAUAUAACGUCCAGCAUUGGUGGCACGCCAAAUAUCUUUUUGGGCAAUUCUUCGAAUGCGAGUGCCAAUAGCACUAAUUCGGUUAGUAUGUUACCCACAAAUGUAUUUCUUACAAUCUGUGAUGAGAACUCAAAUGAGUCGCAGGAAUAUCUAGCCAUUGGCAGUACUCUGACACCGAUUAAACAAGAACAUGCUGAUACUUUAUGCAGUAGUAGCACUCAGGCAACACAAACCUUGCCAUUGCAAUAUCGCCUUGUCAAUCAAAUACAACGUCAACCCCACAAUAUCGAUAAUAUUGACAACAGCAGCAUUGUCAGUGAUAGUGCAACUACGACUUUUAAUGCUGCGUUGCCAAUGCAUCUAUCGAACGGUUGCGAAAUUUAUAUAGUCAAGGAGUAUGUAGACAAUGUGCCCAACAUGCUCACAGAUGAAAGCGAGUUAUUGCAAGGACCAACAAAUACGCCAGCGACCGAGUCAAUAGAAUCAAUUAAAUUAGAGCCGGACUCUUGUGUAACGUCUACAGCAUGCGCCAGUGCUGCUACUUCCACAACCACAAUAAAUGGUGUGCAAAUUCUGCGUAAUACACCACAGCCGCUUAUUAACGCUAACAAGUCGGUCAAUGUCAUUGGCGAUGGGCGUACAAAUGCAAAUAGAAAUGCCACGGCGGUAGCAAACAUUAGCGUUCCAGACACACAGGGCAAUAGUACAAAGCGCAGUUGCAUAUUAGAGGCGUAUAAAAAGCGCGAUGAUAAACGACGCGCAACGCAUAACGAAGUGGAACGACGGCGACGCGAUAAAAUAAACAAUUGGAUUUUUAAACUGAAAGAAAUGCUGCCGACCGAAGGCGUCAAUAAUAAUAACAACAACAACAAUAAUCAACAAAUUGGCAUAGUGGAACAGUUGACAGCCAAAACGAGUACUAGCAGUAAUUCUAGCAAUAACAGCAGCAAUCGCACGCCGCCCAAUGAUUCCAAGUCACAAAUACUAAUCAAAGCUUGCGAGUAUAUCAAAACCAUGCAGGACGAGUUAAAGAGUCUGCGUGAGUGCCUUAGCGAAAAUGAGAACCUGCGUCUGAGCAAUCAGCGUUUACAAAAUGAAUUAAACAAAUUGCAGCGCGAACGUGCAGCGAACGCAAGCGCCAAUUUACACACGCGCAAUUUCAAUAACAAUUUCAAUAUAACCUUAAACAGUUUAAAUAGCAAUAAUAGCAAUGGCAGUGGUGGUGGUGGCAGCGCCAGCAGUAGCCCUGAUGGCACUGGCAACAGCAUUUUCGCCGCGCUCAAUAUUCCACCACACACAAGCAACGCGAAUACGUACACGAAACGCGAGUUAAUCAUACGAGAUUAUGUCGAUUAGAAUUUUAGUCAUUUGUUAUAUAUAAUAUAUAAAUUUUUUUUUUACUUAAAUAACUGUAUCGAAGUGAUGCUACAAAUGUACAACUAACAGGCUGAAACUUCUGCAGUGCUAAACGAGUUGUUAUUUAUUAUAUUUACUGACACGACACUCACUAUACAUUGCUCAGUACGAGUGCAAAGAAUUUACUAUUUCACUAUUAUUGUUAACGUAAUAUACUGUUUGUAAUAAUAUAACUAAAUAUAUAUAUUUAAAUUUAAAAAAAAUCACUAGGUACUGUACUACGCUAAAGCUAUCAACUUGAAAUGUGUAAUUCAAUUUAAAGCUCUAGUUACUAUGUGCUUCUCUAAUACAUAUUAUAUGCGCUUCCUCUAAUUAGUGCUUAGUUAAAUCUCACUUUUACUCUAACUCUAUAACUCUCACAUAUAUACAUAUAUACACAUAUAAAUGCUAAACCUAGCCAUAUACAAAACACUUGUUGCUUAAAUUUAAUUAAUUAAGCGAAAAUCAAAGUUUUAUAAGCAAAAUAUACAUAUGUACAUGUAUAAAUGUGUGUGUUGAAUUAUGCAAAGCAUACUUUUUUUUUAAAUUUUGUUAUAUAAGUUUAAUGUGCAAUUUAUGGAAUUUAAAACGAUUUAUCAGGGAUAAUAUUUAAGUUCAAUUUUUAUUUUUUUUUAUUUAAGAUUUUAAUAUUUAAGUUGAAUUUUUUUUUUUAUUAAGAUUUUAGUAUUUAAGUUGACAAUACAAAUGCUUAACUUUUUAAAUAAAGUUAUAAAAUUGUA